CUUUGAACGCGAUGUUUUUAGAUAUUUAAUCUUAUAAUACUCUUUUUUUUUUUGUCUCCCACUACACCAACAAAUUUAAAAUAAAAAAAAAAAGUAAGCUUAGUCAGUUAACGCAUUGAAAUUGAUUCGUUGUGUGUGAGACUGUGAAAAAGUCCGUGCGGCAAACGAAAUUUUAUAAACUAUCCAAAAUAAUUACGGUUCAAAACUAAAUAAUAACAAUAUAUAACAAAAAAAAAACAAAGAGUACAUAUUAGGUAAUAAUAUUUCAAAAAAAAAAUAAAAAUAUAUACAUUUUAUUGCGUAUGAGUAUAGUAUUGCCUAAACGGGCUGUUUUCAUUUUGUGUAUAUUCCUCGAAAGAUAAAAUAUGACGUACAGACAUUUUUUUUUUUUUUUGACAAAAUAAGUGAACAGAGGAAAUCUUUUUAAACUCACAAAGUGAUAAAAAAAACACUAAACAACACUAAAAACAAAUUGGAAACAUGUUCCUUAUAAAAAAUAUCGUAUAAGACAAAAUAGAAGUCAAAUAUGGGAAACACAAGAAAUAAGUUUACUACAAAAAUGGCCAACGUGUUCAAGUAUUUCGUCAUCUAUAAUCGUUUACUUGUUCUUAAAACUAUGAAAAAAACUAAAAUGAGUAGUUACAGAGAAUUACAAAUUGUUAAUUUAAUAUUUUAACAAUAGUAUACAAAAAAAGUUGAUAUACUCAAUAAUAACACCCAUUAAUCUGAGUUCGUUGAGGAAACAGGUUCCAAAAUGCAAGUAGCAACAUUAUUUGGAGAUAAUGCAACACCUUUUGGAUCAACAACAACAAGCUCAAUAAAUACGUCCUUGUUAUCAACUGAGUCAGUGUUAAAUACAAUGGGAGAAGCAGACGAAGAUACAACGAAAAUGUCGACCAAAGAUACAACAUCAACUUGUAAUGGUGAUCACCUGCCAUCACCGUCAGUUUCAUCAUUAUCAGAUGUAUCGACUUUGGUCAAUUUAGCAUCAAACGCUUUAAUCGGACAUGAUCAAAAUUUAAAAUGUCAUCAAGUUGAAGAAAAGUCACAGCCUAUUAACAUGAAUGAAAAUUCUAAGGCUGACACUGAAGUGGUAAAAAAGGAAGAAGUAGAAAUAGAAAAUAAACAAGAACAAAUUGUUCCUAUGGAUGAAGACAUCUCGAAAAAUGAAGACAAUUCUGCGAUAACACCCAAAAUAAGUGAAAAUCUCGACGAAAUAAAAGUUAUGGCUAAUUUGGAUGAUAAAACAUCUCAAUCAGUCUACGACUGUUUGCCUACAACUGCAUCUACAAGUGCAUCAUUUUCCCCAGUAUCAUUUGAAUUAAAAGAACAUAAAAGCCAAGCCAAAGUAAUAUCUUCUUCCUCCUCUCCUCCGGCUUCUUUAGAAGUUAAUAAUUUUAAUGCUUGUGCAGAUAAUAAUGAGUCUUCUUCUAGUCAAGCUUCAGCACUACUCUUUCAAGAAACAUUCUUGCAACAUGAACAACAACAAACAUUGCCUGAAAACAGUCACAUCCAAAACAAUGAAAUUCCUUCCUCGAUAAACGCAUCUAACAAUAUCAGAGAAAUCAAUGGUUGUGUUCCCAGUAAUUUAAGUGAUAUGAAUGAUUUAGAAGCUGAAAAUUUAGUUAUUCAUCAUAAUAAUGAUAGCCAUUCGAAUAAUAACAAUGAUAAUAUAACAACGCUUAAAGAAAAUGCAUCAAAUAGCCCCCAAAUAGAAAACGAAAUGGACAGAUUGUUGCAACAGCAACAACAAUCAGAAAAUAGGAUAUGUGAAGAUGAGAGGAUGGAUGGCAUAGAGGAACAAAUCGGCGAGGAACCGCAUCCACAUAAUCAGCAGAUCGAUUUUGUACGUCAGCGAAUCCAACAACAACAACAAAUAAAUCAACAAACCGAAGAAGAAGAACAGCAACAACAACAGAGUGAAAAUGCAGCCAAUAGGGAUGAUAAACAUAACCAAUACUCGCAUGCUAAUCAAUUUCAGGAAUGCCAUCGUAAUGAUCUCAACGUCGAUGAAUUAUCUCAAAGAAAUAUUCGCGAUCAACAAAUGUCUCAACAAAAUUCGAUGGAUACAAAUGUUGUUGAAGAUUAUAAAUUGCAACAUGUUCCUGAAAAUUUGGAAAUGAUGAAUCAAAUAGAUCACCAUCAUUAUCAACAACAACAACAGCAGCAGCAACAACAACAACAGCAACAACAGCAACAACAACAACAGCAACAACAGCAACAACAACAACAACAGCAACAACAACAGCAACAACAACAGCAACACCACCACCAACAACAACAACAACAUCAUCUUAAUCACAAUCAACAUAAUAUUUUGCAGCAUCAACAUGGGCAACAACUUUAUCUACACCAUCAAGAACAGCAGCAUUUGAUGCACCACCAUCACCAGCAGCAACAUCAUCAGCAGCAACAUCAUCAUCAGCAACAUCUUCAACAACACCAUCAUUCAGAAUUAAUGGCAUAUAUGCAUCAUCAAGAUCAACAGGCAAUGCAACAACCACAUCAUAUUCGAACAUAUCAACAGCACUAUGACCAACAACAUCGAAUGCAUCAACUCACGCAACUACCGCAACAUCCCCAUCCACAAUCGCCCCAUCAUCAGCCAAAGAACACAUCCAUGACGUGCAUUGAUGAUCUUAUGAUUGAUGAUUUGCAAGAAAAUCCAAACAAUAGAUUUAAAUUGCUCUCACCGACGGUUAAACAUGAAAGCCAAGAUGAUGGCUAUGAAACAAGUGCUGGUGAUGUCCUUACACCCAAUUCGCACACAUCUUCUCAACAUUCAAUGACUCCUCAACACCAAAUUCAUUCAUCCAAUUUGAUCCCGCCCAAAUGUGAAGAUAUAUCAACUUCUGCCACGCGCCAUCCAGAUCCGGAUCCAUAUAAUUUCAUAGACGAUGAAAUUAACUCAAGUAUGCGUAUGAUGUCAUCACCUUCGUCUAGCAAUGGCUUGUCAAUAGUAAUGCGCCAGCAAAAUUUUGAAAGUCCUUCAGAAUCGACAAGACUUCUUAUGGAAGAUAAUAAUCAAGUGUCAAUGAACAUAGUUAAUCAACAACAUAUACUUGAUGCGAGAAUGCAAGCUCCGCAAGCGCAUGUUGACGCGGCAGACAUAUCGUCUCCAAACAGCGUAUGUGUUAAUAAUAAUAUUGCAGUACCAAAAAAACGCGGACGCAAGAAAAAAUGUUCUGAAGAAGCAGCGUCAUCUGUGAGAACCAUGGUCGAUGGAAUACUUAAACCUAUCUUGCCAAAAGAACGAAAAAAGCAUGACCGAUUCAAUGGCAUGCCCGAAGAGGAGGUUUCUAAAAGAACUUUACCUGACCAUUUAGCAGAUAAUUUAGACAUAAUUAUCAUUGGAAUCAAUCCUGGAUUGUUUGCUGCUUACAAAGGUCACCAUUACGCGGGACCAGGAAAUCACUUUUGGAAAUGCCUUUAUUUAUCUGGUUUAACUCAUGAACAAAUGACAGCCGAGGAAGAUUUUAAGCUGCUUAAGUUCGGAAUAGGAUUCACCAAUAUGGUGGAGAGGGCCACAAAAGGUUCGGCAGAUUUGACAAGAAAAGAAAUUAAAGAAGGCAGUCGAAUUUUGUUGGACAAAUUAAAACGUUUUCGACCGAAAAUUGCAGUUUUCAAUGGAAAGUUAAUAUUUGAAGUUUUUUCGGGAAAAAAAGAUUUUAAUUUUGGUCGCCAGCAAGAAUGUGUCGAAGGAACAGAUACGUACAUGUGGGUUAUGCCAUCAUCCUCAGCUCGAUGUGCUCAACUUCCCCGGGCGGCUGAUAAAGUACCAUUUUAUUCAGCUCUAAAAAAAUUUCGAGACUAUUUGAAUGGGCUAAUACCACACAUAGAUGAUAUUGAGUGUGUUUUCAACGAUCAAAAAUCUAAACAGUGCUGUGAGUCUGAAUCUGUUGGAGGAGGAAACCCACCGUCACCAUUAAUUGGUGCAGGCGUUUCAACGUUUUUGUCUCCUGACUGCUUAAAUAAUGAAAAUCAAAACUUAGGCUACAACAAUAGCAACAGUAGUACUCCAGAGCGAAUUAGUAUGCCGGAUGUGAGUACAAAUCUUAAAAGUAAAAAUAUCAUGCAUAAACCAUCUCAAAUGGAUUCGAUAGUUGGUAAUAGUGAUAAUGGCAUCGGUUGUGGUAUGGUUAUCCCAUCAAAUAUGAAUAGGCCGAAUGCAACAAAUAUUUGUAGUAGCAUUAUGCAUAUGCCGUGUAAUAUAGACCAGUCUGUUCAGCAGCAGCAACCGGAAAAGAAAAAACGUGGAAGACCCAAAAAGAUCAAGGGCGUCGAUGGAGAAGAAGGGCCUGUGUCCCAAAAAGUACGCAAUACAAACUCGUUACUUAACAAUAAUAAUAACAACAAUAACAUACUUAAUUUAACACUAAUGGGUGAAAACGGUGAAAUACCAAAGAAAAAGAGAGGUCGACCGAAAAAGAUCAAAUCUGAUAUUGGAGUUAAUGUCAGCCAUGGAACGAAUAUAGCCACACAUAAUAAUAAUUGCAACAGUAAUGGACAACUACCAACAAACAAUAACAAUUCAAUGGAUAACAGCAAUUCCAGUGUUCAUAACGUUGUUAAUAAAUCUGAUCUCUGUUUGCAUCGCAAUAGUCCCAGUGGUUUAGGAAACCAUCAGAUCUUAUCUAUAAAUAACAACAGUCAUUAUAAUAGUCAAUCAAUUUCUCAACAUCAGCAGCAACAACAACACCAACAACAACAGCAACAACCAUUGCAGAAUCAAAGACUGUUCACCUCUCCAAUGCAUUCGCCGAACACUGUUAGUUCCUAUUGUCCAAUGGGCAUGAAUGCUUCUAAUACCCCACCAACCGGAAAUAAUACAAACUCGAAUAAUGCUUCGAAUUUGGGAAACAACGGAACGGGACAGGUAUACCACCACCAGCAGCAACAACAACUCGCAAAUUCCCACCAUCUACAAGCGCACCAGCACAGUCAUAAUAUUCAACAGAAUCUACAGCACCAGCUUCAUAUACCCUCCAUAAUUUAUAUGCAAUCUCCAAAUCAUAAUCCUCAACAGUCAUCUAAAUCGCCACACUAUGGUUCAUCACAUUCAGACUUGUCUACAGAAAUAUCAGCCGCCAUCUCAUCGGACCAUCUAACUGAAUCACAACCAGCUUCCUCACCAGCUAUAAGUGGUGUAGUUGAUUAUGAUCGUCCUGAUAGUAUACCAAAUGAUGAACACAGCGCACAUGACCUUCGUUUUACUAGCCCAACACCGAAUUCUGGGGACCAACAUCAGAGCGGUGGCGGUGUGUCAGUACACCAAACUCAAAACUACCACAAUAUCUACCAGAAUCCAGGCUCUAAUCAAUCUUAUCUCUCCAGCAAUAACAUGUGUAAUUCACCAGGUGAAUCUGUUGGAGGAGGAGGAGGAGGAUCAAAUACAAAUAAUGAUAAUGAAAGCAUAAAUUACAUUGCCUCCACUCGUCCAAAUACGUCCAACAGCAAUAAUAGCACUCCACAGCCUGUACAAAAUGCACAAACACAACAAAGAAAUAUGCAAAUAUCUGAUGUUACAUCGAAAAGCUUAUCAGGAUUAGAAUCAUUAGUCGAUCAAAUACCCACAAUAUCGGAGAAUGAUAAUACAAAUAAUUCUAUAAACAGUGCCGUUGUGGGAAUCAAAUCGGACUCAAAUGAAGAUUUCCCUUCGGCAUCUUCAGGAGGAAGCGGUGCAGGAAGUUCGAACUCUGGUGGAUUAGGGUGCAUUUAUAUACCAUCGUAUUCAAAUCUAAAUUCAUCCACCUCUUCAUCGCCAUCAGCAGCAGCAGUCGCACCACCUCCUAAUAGUUCUAUUCUUUCACCCCAUCAUUAUCCAGAUCCUACAUUUUCUACGGCAAAUACAUGUCCAUCCUCUACUAAUAACAGUUUAAAUAACUACAAUAGCAUAACAAGCAACUUUUCUGUUUCAAGCCUUACAUCCAAUAAUUAUCCAUCUAAUUCAUAUCACAGCAACCUGAUGGCUGCAGCCGCUUCUUCUCCACAUCAUAUCACUUCAUCUGCGCCUGGUAGCCCCAUGUAUAUUGAUCCUCAUAUGGCCGUUAGUCCCAUAUAUCAUCACCCGUAUGCUCAACAUGCCGGCUAUGGAGCGUACAGUUCAGUUGGACCCCCUCCGCCACCUACAUUGCAUAUGCCUAGCCCGAAUUAUCCUUACGCAUAUCCAAACACAUCCGGCUAUGCAAGCCAAACUGGCCAUCAUCCAAGUCACUCUACACCAGCUAGCUAUCUAACAAACCAUCCAUCCAUGUUCGAUCGAAUCAAACCCGAUAUUGGAUAUGGCGGAUAUUGAAACUACAUUUAAAUUAAAAAAAAUGUAGGUAUAUUUUGUAAAUAUUUAAUAUAUAGAUUUUUCGAUCUUUCGUCAAAAGUUUUUUUUGUAUGGUAUAGUAAGAUAUACUUAUGUGUACCUACCUACAUUCAUUAAUUGGGAUAAACUUGUUUGCAUAAACAAAACAAUACUGAAUACCAAACUAAGUUCUAUCUCAUUGUGUAGCGUUAACGAAUAACUUUUAUCCGUCUAUUAGUAUGAAACAAAUAAGCAAAACAAACGAUAAAAUGUAUAAGAAAACAAAUUUAAAGCACGCAAAGGUUGCACUGGUUUAAUGGUUCCUAAGGUUCUAAUAAUUACACAUAAAUACAUCGUUAAAGUUUAGUUUAUAAGCAUUUGCUUAUUUUUUUUAUUAUUUGAAUUUGUUUUUGACAAUGGAUGUUUCAUGUUGAAAUGUAUUGCAAUUCACACAAACUUAAAGCGUUGAGAGACUUCUUGCCUCCCCGUUCAAUGAGUUUAAAACCGAUUCAGCUGUCAUAAAUAGAAUUUUUUUUUCAAAGAUAUGAGCGCCCAUGAAAAAAAAAAUAUUUGGUUUCUAAAUAAAGCUUGUUAUAGUACACAGGGCGUUCCAAAAGCAUAGGUUCAAGACUAUCGCAUGGGCUCUCAGAAUUCAGUGACUUGUUUUUUCCUAUCUUUGAUAGUUUUUGCAGUUUUUGUGAAAUUUCAAACUCCUACUUUGACCCAUGUAUUUUGCAUGCCGUGUUAUAAUUGUUUUUUAUUUUUACAAUUUGUUCAUUUAAACAUUGAUUAAUAUUUGGCAUCGUCGUUUUUCAUGUACAAUUUUCAAAUAAGUACGUAAACUAUAAAAUUUAACUAAUAAAGUUCGAAUUCAACAAAACAAGGUUUUGUAGAAAAAAAAGUAAUGAGUAAGUAUUUUUUGUUCGUUCAAAGAUCAACUUUGGUAAACAGGGCAAGUUUUCAGAAUAACAAAUCAAUUUUAAACCCUAUAUUUUUUCGGGUGUCAAUUCAUAUGUAUGUAGGAAAAUGCUGAUUCAAAAUAGGAGUUUUUCUAAAUUUCACAAAGACUGCAUUGAUUCGAGAACCGUAAAGCUUCGGGAUGAGCAAGUUACCAAAUUCCGAAACCCUCAUGAUGUUCUUGCAUCCCGUUUGGACCAUUACUUUUGAGAAAUCCUGUUUAUAAAUGGACCCCUAAAAGUUCAUAAUUCUAGCAAUGAUGAAAAUGGGUAACUCUACGCUCGGUAAUUGUAAUUUACAGAACUCUAAAAGAAUGUUUUUCAUAUGAAUAAAAUAAUGUCGAUAAGAAAAGCUAUCUGCAGUGGAAACUUUUUGAUACGUUUAUUCACGUACCUAAAUUACUUUUUUAUAUAUUUAUUUUUUUCUAGUUCAAUAUAUAAGUCAUUGUUUCUAUCCUUCCAUUUUCCAUCACACAAAUAGGUGAAAAUGUGCACUGCAACCACUCUCUUUUUUGUAUUUACUGUUGACUUAAAUUUAACUAUUAAUUAGAAUAAAUAAAUUUAUUUGUUCUUAUGUUAUUAGUUAGUAGAUAGAAUAAUAUUGGUGACGAUUAUUAAAAAAUAAUAGUUUGCUGAGACGAAGAAACAGCCGUUUUUUAAAUCAUAUUAUUUUUUCGACUUAUUUUUCUGUUCAAAGUUUUAUGUACAUACUUGUUGUAAAAUAAGUAUUAAAUAUAGCAAGAUUCUAACAACAGAGCAAGAUUAAAACAUUUUUAUAAAAAAGAGUUCACGUUACAAAUUACAUUUUUUUACAUCGCGAAUCAAAGUAUCUCGUGCAAUACCAGAGUCCAUUGAAUGUAUAAGCUAUAUCGAUAAAAUGCUGAAGCAGUUUAGAGCUCCCUACUCUAAUGGGUUGAGCUGUAGAAAUGUAGAUACACACAAACAAAAGGAAAUUGAUUCUUUUAUUUACAUAAAAGGGAUCCAUAUCAAUCACUGAUCUCUAUAGACAUCAGCGAUAUCAAUUGUUUUCCUGUAUAAAUUCUUCUUUAAGUCUGUAGGUACUGACCAAUCGAAAAUUUUAUAAAAAAUUUCUAGAUUUUUUCUUUAAAAAAAUAGUAUUUAGGACCCUAGAAACCACUUGUAUGAAGCAGAUUCACGGGAGCGUUAUGAUCCCUUCGAUGUCGAGCUCUGAUUAAAGGAAGAUGGUUUUUUAAUCUGUUCUUAGGAACACAAAAUAUAUUUUUUUUUGCCAAAACUUUAAAUUUACUUUUUUUUUUUUAAUUGUUGACCUUAAACCUUACAACCGCUAAUAUUCAUGGCACUAAUAAUGCUCAUCAAUUUAUUCCGUACUUUUUGAACAGACAUUUUUUCUUUAACCACAUACACGAGUGUGAUCUAUUUUUAAACAUCAUUUGAAACUAAUGUUCAUCUGUCCUUAAAUGCCUUGAUGUGCGCAAGCAAUGAAAAAAGUUGCUUCCACUAAAACUUUGUAUUUGUAUGUGACUAACCCCCAGUUUCACAGUAAGAUUUAAACCUGAGUUCAACUAAAACUAAACUAAACUGAGUUUAAAUGUUUGGUUUAAUUCGUCAAGAACAAGCAAAACAACAACAACUCAAAUUUUGUAUUGUUUCUUUAUUCUUUUAUUUCAAACUACCAUUUUUAUUGUUUAAGUAAAUAUUUUCUGCAACAAUAAAAAUAAUAUGUUUUUAUAAACAAAAUUCUAUAAAGCUGCUUUCGGUGGCUGUGGAAAGUAUGUCCAAGCGUUGAACUGAGGUUUAGACGACAAAGUUGGGGGUAGGAGACGUGUAUGGUUUUACGAUAAUUGACAGCAAUCAGUUAGAAUUGUGAUAUCCAAGUUUUUAGCAUUCUGCAUCAUGUCACGUUUGAUUAAUUUUUCCAGCUGGAAUUAUUUUACUUAUAAACAUAUCACGAAAAUUAAAAGUACUUAAAUUCGAACAACUUAGCUCAGCCAUUUUCAGCAGAGUUUUGGAUAACAAGGAUUUAUGUCUGAACAUACUUGAUUUUAUGUUAUUUUUGUAUGAUUGCAACACGUCAUGAGAGAUUUCUCACUAAAAUAAGUGUUAGUAUCUUGAAGCUGCGAUAGGUGCUCUGCUUUGUUGUGCCACAAAGAGAGCCAUACUAGAAUUACCCAAGUCUCUUAUUUAACAGAAUUCUACGUAGAUGUAGGCAUAUUAGAAUGCAUAUCAGAAUCAAAUUCGUAAAAACUGUUUUAUUUUAUUUUUUUUUUUUAGAUUGUUCUUUUUUGUUUCUUAUAAGAAAUUCUUCCAAAGAAAUUAAGGCCAUUUUUAGCGAAUCAUAUAAACUAAAAAAAAAAGUAAUAAUAAGGAUUCGUUAGAAUAGAGAGCCUCUAUAGUAUAUUUAACACACGUUCCUUAUUUUUUAUUGAAUGAAACUAAUACAUUAAUAGCAACAAAAAAAUCAACGAAAGUAUACAAAAUUAAUAAACAUAAAUAAACAAAGUAAAUUGUGCAUACCUUUUCAAAAACUUCAUUAACAAAAGUAAAUAAAAUGAAGAAAUGUAUACAAAUACAUAAAACUUUAUUUCUUAUAUAUAUUAUUUUUAUUUGAAAAGGAAUUAUUUGACAAUAUAAAUGUAUAACAAUGUGAAAUGUUUUGAUAAUGUACAUAGUACCUAAUUCGAGAUAUACGUAUAGUUAUAAGCAAAUAAAAAAGCGAUCGAAAGUAUUUAAUGGAUAUUAAUAUCUUAUCAUUUUUAAAUAUUUGCCAUCUAUGUAAAUGAAGUGUAGUGAAAUAUAUAUUAUUUAUAUUUUAUUAGAACAAAUUGUAAUUAAGAAAAUUUUAAUUAGUUCCUCUAAAAUUUACAGAAAAUAUUAACUAUAAAAUAAAUAAUGAAAUCUGAAUACAUCCUUUU